AUGGCAGCAUUACGGAAGUGUUCCUGGGCGGUUCUCGUGUUGACAAAUCUUGCAGUAUUUGCAACUGCAACUGACGAGAACCUGCUUUUCAAUCCGUUAAAGUCAAAAGACUUGAACGACUUCGUCUCACCACCUUUCGUCAGAGUCGUCUAUUUUUUCAAAGGAGAACUACCGCUUCAACAACCGGACAGGUUUUUACUGAAUUUUAAACAGGCAUCUGAUAUCUUGGAAGAUUAUGGUGUAAAGACGGCGACGCUCCAUUGUAAGAAUGAGGCAAUGAAUGAAUAUUGUAGUAGAAAACAUUCGGUUGCUGAGUCUGUCUUUAUAUUCAGAGGUGGAAAUCUAUUAUUGGAAAUCCAAUUAGCAUCAAUGUUUAAUAUAGAUGCAAUUGUUUCAAAUAUUCUGCAGAUGGUUAUGCUGGGUGAGGUACCGAUUGUCUCUGAUGAAGAGAAGCUUCAACAGAUAAUGGAUAUGAAUAAAGGGAAACAGGACGUACUAUAUUCAUAUCAGAGAGCUGUUGGUACACUUGAGCACAGAGUUUUUAUGGAGGUAGCUUUUGUUUAUAGCAAUCAAUAUGCGUUUGCGUUGUCAACCUCGACUGAAGUGGCUCGCCUUAUAAGUUCCACCGAUGUAAGACAUCCUACCAUAUGGUACUUGCAGUGCAAGUCGGUUUCACCAAUGGAUGCCUCUACCAAGUCGUGCCCCGUACUAAGAUACACCGGUCCAAUCAAUCUUGAAACAUUCUCCAAAUACAUGAAACUGAUUAGCAUGCCAAAUGUUUUGGACUUCCAGGAAAGCAUGUUGACCAAAUCUGAGUUUGACGACUUACAAGUACACAGAGCAUACAUUUUUACCGAUGCUGCCUCGUACAAAAGCACACAAGCUCUGACAGCUGAACUAGGCAGCCACUUCAUUGGUAGCAUGGUUUUUCUCAUUGUUAACGUCAACAAGUUGCCUACAUAUGUUGUGAAACAAUUAGGCUACGGCUCACAAGUUACUGAAGUUCCAUCGGCUGCUUUCAGAUCAUAUGGCAGUAACAAUUUAGAAUACAUGUCUGUAAAGUUCACUGAGACCAAUAUAAGAAACUUUCUGAAACAUGUACUGGAUACAUUCAAUGAGGAGACAAUGGACGAGAGACUGUAUACAGACAACCAUCCUAUUUUUGAAGUGCCUCCUCAGGAAAUUCAAGAUGACCCUGUUGCUGAAGAUGCUUACCUGAUAAGAAACAAGAAAUUCAAUACUACCAGUAUCCCCGCACUAACAGACAAGACGUUUCCAGCCAUGCUUUCUGAAAAGAAUCUUUUCUUGGUUAUGUUUUAUGUACAAUGGGACCCUAGAACGCAGGUCUUCAUGGAGCACUAUGCAGAGGCAGGUAGAAUGCUAGAACACAUGACAUCUGACAAUACCAGCCCUCUCGCUCGGGUCAACUGUGCAGACUGGCCGGAUGUCUGUGAGAAAAACGAUGUUAUAAGAUAUCCGACUUUCAUUCUUUUCAAGAAUCAUAAACGAAUGAGUGAAUACCAGGACAGGCUGGACACCAUGACUGUUGUCAAGUUUGUUAGUUUGCACCUCCAACAAAAUCCAGUGACUCUGACAACCAAAGCUGAAGUAACACAAUUCUUGGAAGGAGGCAUGGCGAGCACUGGGAUGUACGUUUUAGUACUGGGUCUUUUCAAAGAAAAGGACACAGAAGAACUGAAAGCUUUUGCCACAGUUGCUUCAGAUCUCCGUCAUAGGUUUAUGUUUGGUAUAAUGAAAGGAGGAAGUCUUGCUGAGGGGACGGCACAAUACUUUGGUACUGGUCUUUCCAGUGUUGUUAUAAUUAAAGAACAAGAUAAAGAUGAAGGCUUUACAGUUCUUAAAGAUGAUCUGACACAGGGUAAUAUAGCAAAGUUCAUCGAGGAAUCUUCGCUGCCAGUCUUUCCUGCUUUAGAACCAGAAAACUUUGUGGCUCUACGCUCUCUUAAGAAGCCCUUUGUCAUCUUGUUUUUUUCGGUUGAUAACUCCAAGGUGGAAGUGAGAAAAGUUAUGACUGAGAUGGCUAAAAGUAGACAGUUCAAUGAUUUUGUACUUUGCUACAUGGAAGUGGGUAUGAACUCUAACUCUAUGGGUUCAUUUAUUCUGCAUUCGUACAUUGAUGAGCCUAGUCUACCAACCAUUGUUACUGUCAACCAUGACAAUGGCAAGCUGUAUAACUACCCUAUGGGAAAUGAUUUUAGCAAGCAAUCCAUUUCAAAAUGGUUGCAGGGCAUAUCAAGCGGAAAAGCUGGUCUACAAACUGGUGAGCUUAAGGAUGGAAAAUGGAAACCCUUGUUGCCUGCUUAUGAUUUCCUUGCAAUGAUUGACAGCGAAGAGGCUGAGUACAGAAAGGAGGUAGAAGAGUCAAUGGGAGGUGGUAGGAUCCCCUCCAGAAGUGGUGGCACUGCUCCUAAACCUAUUCCCAUGCCGACUUCAGAGCCGGGAACCCCGCCACAACCAUCCAUACACACCGAGCUAUGAUGACCUCUUUCAUAUAUAGUAUUAUUUAUUAUUAUGAUAAUUAUUAGAUGCAGAAUAUCUUUGUUUUCAGUCAUAUACAUGCAUAAGCACAUGUGC